CCAUUAAAUAUGAUUCGAGAAGUUUUGAUCGUUAAUUUCAGGCUUUUUCUCUACUAACUUAGUACACAUUUUGGAGCAAUACUCACUGUCACAUUCCUCAACCAACUCCAUCCAUUCAUGAUUCAUGUACUAGAGAAAACAAGAAGAAGAGGAAACAAAGCAUUCAAUUCAACUUCACAUCUAAUCGAUUAAAGUUUGCCCCAACAACCUCCAUUAUUAAUCUUCCUUGCGGUUUCACACAAUAACACCUAUCCAGUCCAAUAUCAAUGCUCUUCACUUCAGCAGUUACCUAUAUUUAUUCUCCACCACCACCACCGCCACUCUCCCAACCCAACUUCCUUAGCAAACAUAAAAAGAUAUCAAAGGUGCCAACCAUGGGAAAACGACUCCUGGUUUCACUCAUGCUUCAACUCGUCCUAGCUACAUUGCUGCUGGUUACCGUGCAGGCCAAGGUUCCGGCGGUGAUCGUGUUCGGAGACUCAUCGGUGGACGCAGGGAAUAACAACUUCAUCCCCACCGUGGCCCGGAGCAACUUCCAGCCGUACGGUCGUGACUUCACCGGCGGGAAGGCCACGGGGAGGUUCUCCAACGGGAGGAUAGCUACGGACUUUAUCUCGGAGGCUUUUGGGCUUCGGCCCACUAUCCCGGCCUACUUGGACCCGGUCUAUAAUAUCUCCGAUUUCGCAGUUGGGGUCACUUUCGCUUCCGCCGGCACCGGCUACGACAAUGCCACCUCCGACGUCCUCUCCGUGAUCCCGCUGUGGAAAGAGCUGGACUACUACAAGGAGUACCAAACCAAGCUCCGGUCCCACCUCGGCCAACCCCAAGCCGACCAACUCCUCGCCGACGCACUCUACAUGACCAGCAUGGGCACCAACGACUUCCUCGAGAACUACUACACCGACAUCCCCGGCGGCCGGUCCUCCCAGUUCCCGGACGUCGGCGACUACCAGACCUUCCUCGCCGGGAUCGCCGAGGGCUUUCUCAGGCAGCUGUACGGCCUCGGCGCACGGAAGAUCUCCGUCGGCGGGCUGCCCCCGAUGGGGUGCAUGCCCCUCGAGAGGAGCGCCAACGUCGUGACGGGCCAGCGCGGGUGCGUGGAGAGCUACAACGCCGUGGCCGUGGAUUUUAACGGCAGGAUGAAGAAACUGACGGAGAAGCUCAACGGGGAGCUCCCCGGGGCGGAGAUCGUGUUCUCCAACCCGUAUUUUGCCAUGUUGGGGAUCAUCCGAAAGCCUUCCUUGUAUGGCAUCUCUGUGACGUCGACGGCAUGUUGCGCGACGGGGAUGUUCGAGAUGGGAUACGCUUGUGCUCGGACGAGCAUGUUCACUUGCAGUAACGCCGACGAGUUCGUGUUCUGGGAUGCUUUCCAUCCCACGCAGAAGACCAACCAGAUCAUUGCCAACUAUGUGGUGGAGCAUGCCCUCAAGAAGUUCAUGUGAACAUUGAAUCAUAUAUGAACGAACAAAAGACAGAGAGAUAUACAUUGCUAUGGUGAUGGAAUGAUGGUGGUCUUGUUAUGGGGGAGUUACAACAUAUGAUCUUUAGCUAGUUAUAUAUAUAUGGUGCUUAUUAUUGUGUUAAUUUUCAGAAUUGUUGAUCUUUAUCCAAGUUUUAGUCAUAUUGUAUCAUAGACCGGCCAUUUGGAGUGAUAGAGCCAGGACAUAAAUUUGGGAAGAUAUC